AAUGACAGAAAUUAACAAUCGCGCCAAAAAAGAGCGGGUGGCAGAAAACGAACCACUCACAACAGCUGUGUGUGUCCAAGUGACGAUUCACUGGAAUAAUUACUCGACCGCAAAACGCAAUCCCGUAAGGGAAAAAAUACAGGACGCGACGAGCUAAGAGAGGCGUCAAAAGGGAUUCUUUUUGUAGCAUUGAUGAAUGGACGCUUUGUAAACGGUAAAAUUUCGAACGGUAUUAUGGAGUAAUAUUGCAUGAUGACAAGCUUGGAAAAUGUGAAACCGCGUGACCUGUUUGGAGCAGUUGACUUGGAUGGGAGCGGGUAUAUAGACAGAGACGAAUUAGCCGCAGUUUGCGACUUAGACGCUCAGGAUUUGGCGGAAGUCUUUGAUAGGCUUGAUGCGGACAAAGAUGGACGAAUCAGCAUUGAAGAAUUUUCGGAAAAUUUUAAAAAGUUCAAGUCUGUAGUGAGCGGAGUGAAGAGGAAAAAAUCUGAGCUGUCUUCGUGUUCCGAUGGGGAAUUUGAAGACCUUAAAGACAGGCUAGGACAACAGUUUAAUCUACUUACUGGGUAAGCCAUCUUAUAUCGUGAAAUAAAUGAUUUGUUCUACAAGUAGAACUACCAGCGAGAACCUAAAAAGUCAAGCGACACGUUCGCUUAAUAUCCAAGUUACGUGUUAUUACAACAGAUACUGAAAUGUAUAUAUACAGACAGACACCGGCAAAAACAAGGCCUGUUCACGCAUGAAAAAGUUCUCUUACAAAGCUCGUGUGAUCGUGUAGGAUCCGGUUAAAGUACCAAACUGUAAUUAUAUCUCCAAAAAUAAUCGCUUGUGUUCGCAUUCAGGCUAAGUCAUUCAAAAUAUACUUAGUUCUAAUUUUCCUGGUUGACGGUGUUAAGUGAUUUCCGACCAUUAACCAUGCAUCCACUUAUAAGUUAAAAAGAGCAACUUAAAUUUAUCAUGGAAAUCUUCGGUUGAUAACUGAGCAGGAUUGCAUUAACGUGAGGUUCAACUCCUUCUUUUGUGUAUAAAUUGUCCGCAAAUUUUACAACUUCAAACGAUGGAAGCAUUAGGUUUGAAGCAAUAUUGCCAGUUUGGCCAUUUGCGUGCAAAACAAACUGAAACUCUGGUGUUUUGGAUAUGAGAUUUUAUCAUCGGCGUUCACAAUCUCGGAAUCCUUUCUAUAAUUUGAUGUUUUUAAGAUUUAAGUUCCUUGCUUAUAGGCUUCUAGUAAGCAUCAAAUGUUGGACAUCUUCGUUUAUAGUUUGUCAGCUGCUUGUCGAAGUGUACUAAAAGUUAACCUGUUUGAGGUAUAUUGGAGGUGGGAAUUAAAAAGUCAGAUAUAGCGCUAGUGAAAGUUCACCAAAUUUAGACGAGAAUUUCAGAUAGUACGUUCUCAAAUAUAGCACUGGUAUAUAGACCCCAUUCGCAAGUUGGUUCCAAGAAUAUGCUCUACAGCAGCAUUAAGCUGUAUAAUUAUUAACUUGAUCUCUUAGUUUAUGUCCUUCCGAAAGGAAGCAGUGAUUGAGUUUCAUUUUUCUGAAUUCAGUGAAAAAAAUCUACGGUGAAGGCCAGUAUUGCUUUCAAAAGAAGAGAGUAAUCUAGCCAAAAAAGUGAUGCUCAGAUUUUAUGAGGAAAGUUUCCCGCUAUAGAGAAAUCAAGGGAAAAGCUGAAACCCCUAUCUGGGACACUACUGUAUUACAUUACUCGCCUUUUACUUUUCGUUGUUUCUUUUUUGCGAGCCAAGCGCUGCUCUUUAUUUUAUGACUUAACUCAAUUUUGUUUCCGUUGGCUUCUUAAUUUGAAAAAGUAAUUGUUUGAAAGUUAUUGAAGAGUUUUGAAAAAAAUAAUAAAAGUCUUGGAUUUAAAUUUUGAGAUUAUUUUUAGCAAUCACAUUAUACCUUAUGAUAGUAUUUAUUAUUCAUACGUCGUUUCCACGGUAAAGUCAACAUUAUUCAAAUGAGAUUUGAAGUUUUUUCUACUGAAUAUUGCUGCAAAUAUCACUUUUUGUUUGCUUGUUUUUGUUAUACUAUAUUGCUGCCUCAUUAAUCCUUGUGAAGCCGAACGAUUUUAACCAAACCCAAAUUUAUUUCGAAAGAUUAAGAUUUUUCUCAGGCAGAAACAACCCACACUCACGUCUUUAGUAAUUAAAAUGGAUGUUUUUCGAGUACGUUAGUAGCAUAGAAACACAUUUUGCAAAAUUCAACAUGACUCCAAAAUCGCCAAUAUCCUCCAUGCUUUGAAAGAUUAAAAAAUGAUCUUACUUUAUUUAGCGCACAGAGAUUCAUCUCCAUUCCUUGAAUAUUUCUUCAGAAAAAGGAAGUCGUUCCUAUUUUGAUAUUUUAAAUGCGUUAGUUUACUUUGUUUCUAAGAAGACGUUUCUUUUUUAUAAGAAUGCGGUGUUGAAUUGAACAGCUAGGUGCAAAUAUGUCUGGAUAGGAGGCCGAUCUUAACCAGAAGAGGGUGAAGAUUACCAAUACAAUGAAUGAUAUAAUUAUUUAGGCAACUCUCCUUUGCCCCAAUAUGAAGAAUUCCUGAUAUAUUUCACCUCUCGUUUCCUGGCGUCUCCCCCAAGUCAUUAGGAGUAUUAAUUAGGAAACAUUUCUAGCCUUUUUUACACCUCGAACAGUAUAUGCUGUAAAUGGAUCACGUUUGUUUUUGGGUGUUGAACACUACUUAAUAUAAGCAAUUUAUAUGAAAACAAAAUUCCUUAUCUUCAAAUUACGCAUCAUUAAACAGAUCGUGCUCCUUGUCAGCAUCAAGCAUAUGGUAUGGUGGUCUGUUUUUUGGAAAUGAAUAGUUGAAGUGUUCCCCAAAAGUAUCCCGAGGGUCAAAAACCGAGAAACCCCCAAUUUGUUUUAGGACAAAACUGAAAACAGAUUAUAAGGGAACCACAUGAAACUAAUGCAUUUAAGAAAGGUCUCAUUUAAUAUAGGGGGUCAGGCCAUGAGAUUUCGUUGAACCUCAACUAAAUUCACCCUGUUUCCAGAAUUGACCGCAGAAGUGAAAUUUUUCGCGUGUUGUAAAUAAUUAUGUGAAACAACUUAUUAAAACCGUUGGCCCUGUGUACACUUUUGACUUUUUUAUCCUUAAAGCAAAUGAAAACUGACAAACGUGUCAGUCAUGCCUUGGGAAUGAGAACUUAAAAUAAUGUACUUUAUAUUAAAAUAUUUCAGUUGCAAAUAUUGUUCUGUAUUUAACCCAUAAAGUUUGAUCUUUAAAAUGUUAUACAAAACCAGCAAUCAAACCGCGUUAAAACAUGUUUCAAUUUGCCAACCCGUAAGUGUAGAGAUCCCUUUAAGUAUAUUUUACGCAGCAACCUUAUCGGAACUGUAUAUUCCAAAAUAAACUUUGUUUCAGCAAGUGUGAAUCGCGCUAUUAAUAUUUACCGUGCACAUUUAAACUGCAAAAUUAUGCGUUGUCAAAUAUUUUUAGAAGCAAUGUCCGCCUAAGUUUCUAUUUUUCUUCUGACAUAUAUCUGAGAACUCCAGUCGUUCGCCGUGCGUUUUAAAGCCACAGCUGUUAUUAAACCACAGGGGUUCAGAAAGUGGGAAAUGUAUUUUUCAUUAAUAACCAAAAGCCCAUAACCCGCAUACAGUCUUAGGAGUAUACAACUGAAAACAUACCACACAAGGAAAUGUCCCCGGAUUUCAGAGAAUUCAGGCUGUAUAUAUUUUACACUAUACACAAUGUCAGUCUCUGACCGAAACUAUACAUGCGGCUCUCCACAUUAGAGAACAGCGCGGCGCAGCUACGCUUCGCGAUCGUUUCACUAGCCUGUGAACAGGCUCUCGUUUCACUGAGAAAUCGUGCGGAAAGCCGCGAGUCUGUUCUUAUGCCUGAACAGAAUCCCGGCUGUCCGGGAUGGUUUCGUUGCCGGCGCAAAAGCUAUCCAAUAUUGUGUGAACAUAUCCUUUGAUUGUAAACAAUUUUACUUUAUAACAUGUUAAAGUGCUUAUACGAUUCAGGCCUUCCAAUCUUGUAGCAAUCGUUACGAUGGUCUUAAAAACUUUUUCAAGGAGUAUCAGCUCUUUGCUCUAUUGAAAUUUUGCCAAAAGGCCGAUUUAUAUGCUUAAAUCCCGGCUUUUGAAUACUGAAAAAAGCAAGAAAUAUUAUGAAACACAUGAAGUACUGCUGUCCAUACCAUCAUAUAAACGGAUUUUCUUGAACCCAGCUGUUACAUGCUUAUCCAUUUAUCCCUCUAGAGCUCAAAUCUUCUUUAGGAGCGGCUUCACCACUGAAUCGGGCUGCUUGAAAACACGAAUUAAACAGAAUUGUUGGUAUCAAUUAAAAUGCACCAAUAUUAUCCCGGCCAUUGCCAUCAGUAGCUAGAAGAAAGUUGUUCUUUAAAUGAGAAUUAAGAGUUGUCUAGAACUGAAGAAAAUACGGGCGUUCGGGACUCAGUGUUUUAGGCCCUGUACACAGGGCUUAUUUUUUUGACAGAAAUCGUUCACACGAAACCAGUGAAUCUACCGAACCGAAACCGCAUCUCAGAGGCUGUUAUUUGGGUUAACAAUCUCCUCGAUUUGCAUAACUCUUCAGUAAUAAUCAUUAUCAUCACCAUCAUCAUCAUCAUCAUCAUCAUCAUAACUAUAACAAAAUUUUCCAAUCUGAUUGGUUAUCAACUGCCCUGAUUUCAGCCUUACAGUUUACGUUGUCGUCCGAUUUUGUUAAUCACCCGUAUAAUUACACACCGAAUUGGACUCAUAGGCGUACGGGAAAUUUUUUGCCAGGGGGGGCGGUAAACCAUUUGCCCAAAAAAAUCUCGCAAGUUGCCCGAAUUUUUCCGAAAGAGUCGACAAGAAAUGAGGGCCAUAUUGCAACAACAUAGGCCGUCCUGGCAUAUGAAGGUGGCUCGAUACGGUUUUUCAGGGUCAAUUCCAAGUCUGAGCAUAAACUGCGUCGCCAUAAACAAACAUUUGGAAACAUUGCGACCACAGUUGUAUUAAGAUGAAAAUUUGUCAUCACCAGGGUUGCAAUGACAUCGGAGUGGUCAUAGCAACGAAAUGACUCCCCCCGCGUAUUACCUAUUUUACUUCAGCAAUGAUUCCCUGCACGAGAACCUUACAAAAUCGCUCACAGGAGCUUUUUUCUCCAAUACGGUAGCCUCGAUGUUCGUGAAGUUUAAGCAAAACCUUAAGAGCGUUAUCGAGAUAUUUUGGAAUGAAGUUUUUAUUAUUAGAAAUACGGUAAGAACAGGAAAACCUUGAUUUUUGGCCGUUAUCUGUAGAAAACGAAGCGCUUUUGACCUGCAAUUUCACCUCAUAGUAGUUUCAAUCUUUUUAAAAACAUGUGUAAAAGAUCGUGGAGAUAACUCUGCUUGAUUGCUAGAAUCGAAAGAAGGAUUUGAUUAGUAUGUAUCGAGACAAUCUUGUUAGCGGUUUUGUAAACAUUUCGGUCUACUUUAACAAAUUAGCGAAUAAUUUUAAACCGCUCGAUAUCUCGUGAUUCAAACUGAGAAUUAGUCAGCCACUUCUUCAUUUUCAUACCCAUUGCUAAAUGCUAUCUGCCAUAUUUUGUUCUUCGAGUAGAGAUGAUUCUAGAAAGUUAUUCGAAAGUUUAUUUUAAUCAAUUCACGACUGGAAAUAGCCCAUUCCAUCUAGCGCAGUGCAGUAUAGUGCCCAACAAAAAAACUGCAAAAAUGUAAAGUACUCAUCACAUGCUAGGCAACCACUGUAAUGUAACUGGAUUAUUACGCCGACUUCAGGUUAAUAUUCAGGUCUUUAAAAUGAUUAAAUAAACAUGGAGACGUCUUUAAAAACUGGCUUUGCCCAAAUUUUCUCUCGCUGCCCAAAAAAUCUGAGUUGCCCAAAAUUUGGGGGGGCUGCAGCCCCCCUCGCCCCCCCGGCCCGUACGCCUAUGAUUGGACUCCACUCGUCCUGUUACCAUUACUAACUGAAGUUAUUUGUAUAGCGCCAUUUCUACUAGAUAACCAAUGACGCUUAACAAUGUUACUACUUGUGAGAAAAAUCUAAAAAAGUUACUGAAAUAUAUAGAACUACAUCAUAAAAACAUAAGAACAAUCUAAAAAGAACAGCUAAAUAAAAAGGUCUUAACUAUAACUAUUUUUAAAAGAACUCAAGCACGCUGUAGUUCUUAUUUGGUCUGGUAAAUUGUUCCAGAGUGAAGGGGCAGUGACUGAAAAAGCGCGCUUUACAUGGGACUCAAGAUUAUACUUAGGGACUACUAGCAAUCCCUUGUUGGUGGAGGGGAGUGUUCUGCUAGGUGUAUAUUUAAUCAAAGAGUCUGUUAAAUAUUUAGGUCCAAUUUGGUGAUAUGAUUUAAAAGUGGAAAUUAAAAUCGUAACUCAAUCCUUUACUUCACGGGCAACAAAUGUAGUUCUUUCAAGAUCGGGGAAAUAUGAUCAUCGUAUUUCUUCGAGUACGUUAGAAGACUGGCUGCAGCAUUUUAAACAUACUGUUCACAUCAUACGCAGCCUUGUACAAUAAUUGUUAAUAGUUACCGUAAAAUUCCGAAAUAAGCCCCGGGGCUUGUAUUUUUCAAAGGCCCUUUUUGAGGGGCAUAUAUUCGGAGGGGCUUAUCUACUGAGGGAAAUUUGCGUUUCAAAAUCGAUUAGGCUAGCCUAAUAGUUAGAAGGAAAUUUAACGUUUUUUCUUUGUUUCACUUAGUACUUGAGGGCAAUUUCCAGGUACAAGCCCCCGGCGGGCUUAUAUUUGGAGGGGCGAUUUAAAGGAGGUUUUUUGUGUUACGAGUACGGGGGGCUUAUAUUUGGAGGGGCUUAGACUGGGAGGAGCUUAUUUUCGGAGUUUUACGGUAUAUGGCAGCCUAGGAAAGUAGUAACAAGACUCAGUGAAUUAGCGGUAGUGAUGGGGGGUUUAGAUCUGAGGUAAUCCUUGCAGAGCAGUAACGUUUUUACUUGUAGGCAAGCAUGAAGCCGAAAAAAAGCAAUUCAAUCUGCACCUUGAGGCGUCAACUCAUUCACACUGUCUAGCUUUCUUAAAUUUUGUCUUGGCUCCUCGACUGCAAGACGGGCCGGUCUGUAACUAAGAUGGUACCUGGACUGUUCAUCCUGAACUUGUUUUGAUACUAACGCCUUUUAUUGUUUGCAGUAGACAUAGUCGGCAGCUUUAUAAGAUUACACAAGAUUAUCUGCAGUCUAAAACAAAAAGAACCAUUUUGGAAAACAAAUCCAGGGUCGAUGACACUUGUUUUGUAUCUUCACACUCGUUUUUAAUACACCAAGACUGAUUCACUUUACCUUGGUAGCUCCUAUCAUCAAUAAAUUUCGCAGUAACAAACAGACUCUCAGUUUAGAAAUUCAGAAACACAAAUCAUGAAGCGAAAGAAUUAAGAAGAUGAUCACUGCAAAAUUUAUUACAGUACACAUGUUAUAUAUAAUAAAAAAAAUUCAUUUAGAUAGUACCACAACUUGCACAAAGCAUAUUAGGGCGAUUGGUAGUGUAAGAUACACCAAAACCGUCGUAGUUGAGCUACAACGAAGCGAGCAAGAAUUUUGUUUUUGUUAAUCGGCUUACAUUCAAGUCCAAAGGGAUUGAAAAGCCUAAUGAGGCCGACUAAAGCUUAUUGUUAAAUUAUAAUCAAUUCCAUAGUUAUUACAAUCAGGCGCGAAAGCAAAUUAACCGCGUAAAUUGAUCAGCUGACCACUCUAGUUCGUGGUGUUUCGCGCUGAAAGAUACGAGUACAAUGCGAACGGAGCCGGAAGAAGACUCUUAUUAACCGGAAUGCUGAGCAUAUAUAUUGUGCCUGCAUUCGCAAGAAAUACACUUAUAUAUGACGUCUGUCCACAUCACGUGGAUAGCUACCAAAGUGAACGCUGCCAAUUUUGAAUCUUAAAAAAGAUCCCAUAUUUCAUAGUUUAUUGUUUUGUCAUUGUCUUUUACUUCAGAGAACACGGUGAUAAAUUUAAUCUUGUUCUUUGGAAACUUUUGUGGUCAAAAACACAUAUGAGUCUCUUUACCCCCUGGAUGAUUUCAGUUGUACAAUAUCAUCGACGUUUACUCGGCCUAUUAGAAGAAUAUGUAUACUUGUUAAUAGUUAGCGUACGUUGCUAGAUUGACUCAUAACUUUAUGCAUAUGCUCAGUUCUGAACAGCCGACAGAAGAAAUGAUGGAUAAAAAUCUGCUUGUAAAGUUUCACAUGAUUUCAUCUUCCUAAGUUAAUUGACCUGAUAACCCCAAUUUUGUGUGACGUUCGUCUAUAAGAAUGGGGAAAAUCUAAAUAUAGAUUUCCAGUUAUCAUAUUUUAUUGCCAGUGUUGAAAUUAUUUCGAGGAGAAAGUAUCUUAAUAAAUUUCAGUUUUACGGCCGUAAUAUUUUUCCGAAGAGACUGACAAAAAUUUAACUCGAUGGAGUGACGUGCACUUAAUCAACAGCCCAUGAAAAAGACUCUUAUUUGCAGGAUAAUCGUCCUAAUUGACAGCCGACCUGUUGCUACUCUAUUCUUAUGCAAAACCAGUGAUCACUUUCGAGAAAAUAUUUGUCGGCGACGCGUUAUGAUUUGUUUAGUUCAAUUCUCGUACAUACUUGAUCUUACAGUAGGUUUAUUUAUUUUUUCCCUCGAUGAUGAAUUAGUAUGGCGUCCGAAGGAAUCGAAAAUAUAGACUACGAUGUUAAAGAAAUUUUUCACGCAUGGGACUUGGACGAAAACGGUUUUAUUGACAAGAACGAAUUAGCGUCGUGUUGUUCGGAGCUAAAUCUCACAAGUGAGCAAUUGGACACCUUGUUUAAAGAACUUGAUGUUGACCGAGAUGACCAAAUAAGUCUACUGGAUUUUUCCAAUGGCUUUCAACGUGUUUGUUCGCUGUUCCAAGCGGAGUACGAACCUUUAAACACAGAGGCAAAGGAUCAGGCCAGAAAGUUUGACAAACUUCUUGAUGCGCUUGGAGUUCGCGGGCUAUUGUCAGGGUAAAUAUGCGCGUGAAUACUAUUAUUCCUCGUGCUCACAAGUUUCUUUCUUCUUUGCGUUGGAAUGCCAAAAAUCGCAGAAAAAUUAUUUGAAAUGACGCGGUACGAUUUUUGUAUCGUGGCAAACCAAACUGGGAACUAGGUUAUACUCAGUGGGGCGAAAGAGGGUUAAUAUUUAACCCUAAUUUUCUGCUUCCUUGUUUCGAUAAGAUCAAACCAUUAGAGCUAGGGGAAGCCAAAUAGUUUAGUGGCCUUUUAACUGCCAUGGAUUUCCAUAAAAUAGAGUCGAUUCUGAAGCAGGCAGGGAUAAGGUAAUUCGCCCAUGAGUUCAUGCUUAUUUGUCAGCGACAAUGCGAGUUAUACACCGUUUAAUCUUCCCAGAACGUUUAGCUUAUAUGACUUCAUGGUUUUACUCUAUGUGGAUUUUCAUUUAACCUUUUCAAGUUACAAGCUUUUAGGUGGUAGUGAUAUUGAAUCUUUAAGUAUAAAGAGGGUUUUUCUUUGUUGAGCCACAGUCGCGCAAGAAAACUGUCGGUCGAGAAUUUUCACGCGGCAAGAAGAAUGGGUUCUAAUGUAACUCAUUUCGCGGGGGCGAAAUCUACGGAAAGUACUUUGCAAAAUUUGAAGGAGAACGUCGGUGGCUGGAUCAUUGAUUUAUACGAAGUGCGUGUUUUUAACAAUCAAAGCUGUAAGUGGUAAAGUCAUGUUCAUUUUGACUCCAUAGGAACCUUAACUUAGCUUUGUUUUCGAGAUUCACUUUGUGGUAAAAUGGCGGCGGCCAGAAUGAAAGCUCGUACGGUAUGAUUAUGAAGUUGCUCAUGUUUUUCUAUCAGCUCCUCGUGGAUGUUACUUAAUCUGUUGAUCAAUUUUGUACUAAUAACCUUGUAGACCUUGCUUUGUUCUCUUUAUUUAAAUUACAUGUUGUUUCAGAAACUGAUAUUGUAAAUUGUUUUAGGUGACACAUUAAUAAAGUUAUUAUUAUUUUUGUAAAUCUUAUAUGUUAUUAUUUUUCUCAACAGACAGGAGUAUGUUUCUGAGUUGUUCCACUACUUACAUAGCUCUACUGACUCACCACAGCUGUUAGCGUUACUGGAAAGCUUUCUGUUUAGUGUUGUGAGAGAUGUUAAACAUUAUGCAUCUGAGAACCAAAGACUGGAGGAAGCCCUCAAGAGGUUUGUUAUCCCUUGUUUACUUUCCCUUACCUUGAUAACUAUUAUUUACAGAAGUCACCAGUCAUCACUAGUGUGAUCUUGAGGUACUGUAUCAGUAGUGGGUGUGGGAGGACAACCCAACUAAAACAGUGCUGUCAACUCUCCCGGAUAAUCCGGGAGACUCCAGAUUUUGGACCAUAUCUCCCGGUCUCCAGAUUAGAGUAUAAAAUCUCCCGGAUAAUCGCCGAAGUUUAAGAUUUCUUCAUUUUCAACUCGACUUUCUGACAAUAAAGUGUCAUCUAUUUUGCACUGUUUGAGCUAUUUAAAUGUUAACAUCGAGCAUUUCCUCAUAAACUCCGGUAUGCCAUUGUAAUAUAAUAAUGUGAUUGGUGGGAAGGAAACCAAUCAGGUCAAAUAUUACAAUGCCAACGAUAUCUUUUUCUUGCAUUUUGUUUUAUCCCAAAUUUGUGACGAUCGGAGUGAACACGUCAGUGCUGUGCGUCAUGAUGUGAUCAUCUAUCAUCCCUUCCCUAUCAUUUCUCAAUAUUUGAAGACAUGCGGGGUCAACAGCCCUGCAAAACUCAGUGAGUUAUUUACCCCAUACUGAGGCCCUGUUAGGGUGAAAUAAUUUUUUGUGAUGGCCUUGAAACAGUACAUUGACAUAAGAAAGCUGAAGUGGUGACAAGCGACUCAGGGAUGCAGGGCUGUUAUUAAGAGCGGGGCGCCAGGGAAUUCCCGCGGCUACUAUGAACAUGACCCUUGGCUACUUUCAUAGGAAAAUACAAGAAAAAUAAAUCCAAAAGAAAUCCUUAGCUGCUUGAUUCCCCACCUACUAGUGGUAUUUACUGGCAACUUGAACUCUUGGUAACAUCCCUGAAGAUGGGUUGAAACUGCAACAGGGAAGAGAAAAAUUGCAAAUCCAAUACAGUGGAACGUCUCAUUUGGGACACCUCUAUUCAAUGGACACCUCUGUGCAAGGGACACAAAUUUUGGUCCGAGAAACAUGUUCUCAUGAUCUUUGUAUUUGCUACCUCUCCUAAAGGGACACCUCUAUUCAGGGGAAAGGGACACUUUUUGUGGCUUCCAAAAACCCAGGUUUAACCUCCAUUCAGGGGACAACUUAGCACUAAAAAAGUGUCUGGCCACAUAAGUCAUUGAUGAGUUUAAGGGCCUGUUUACAUGGAGGCGGGGGACCCCAGGUAGGUGAGGUAACCCGCUUUGGUGGGUGACCCUCCUGUCCACAUGAUCUCUCAUUUUAAUUUGAUCACGUUUUAAUACACGAUAGGUGGGGUGACCCACCGCAUGUUACCUCACCUAUCUGGGGUCCCCCACCUCCAUGUAAACAGGCCCUAAGUGUAUACUAGUCACCAAACGAGCCCGAACUGCUUUGGAAAAUAAUGAGAAAUGGGAUAGUUUUUAAUUUCCAGGUUAAUUAUUAGUAAAAGGCAGCAUGCUGGGCUUUUCUAUGAGUUUAUUGUUGCCCAAGGUAGACGUGAUUGAUCAUGCUCAAUUCCUUUUGUUUAUCUGCAAUAUGACUUUGUACUCGGAGCUCAGAUAUUAUUCUUCACAGUCUAACCUCUCCUUACGGACACCCCUAUAAUAUGGACACCUCUCUAUUACGGACAGUUCGUUUGGUCCCAGAAAUGCCAAAAAUCAUACAUUCCCUACUUCUAUAAUACGGACACCUCUGUAAAGCGGACACUUGGUUCUGUCUCUUUGGUGUCCGUAUUAAAGAGGUUUGAUUGUAUUGAAAGUAAUGUGUUAACGUGCACUGGACAGUAGAUAGUUUUCAUGAUUAAAUCAAAAUAAAUUGUGCCUCUGUUUUGUUUUCUUGGUAAAUAAUGAGCAAAUACUAUAGAAAUAUCAAGUGCAUGACAUGUGUAAACAUUGAUGUGAAGUAUAUAUGAAAUAAUUCAUCUAAUUAUUUCAUCUAUACUUCACAUCAUUUCACUCCUCACGGGAGAUAUGAACUCAAUAAAUUGCCUUCGCUCCCAAUAUGUGGAUUCAUAGCUCAGUUGGUAGAGCAACGCACCGGCAACGCGGAGGUCACGGGUUCGAAUCCCGUUGAAGCCCUGAUUUUUUUCAGGCUUCUUCUUUCCAGUUGCUUAAAUUGGAAAAUUUACUGCGAUGAUCAUUCUUCACUUUCAUGUGUAAACAUUUUUGUCCUAUUUCUUAUCAGGACAUGUGAAAAGCAUACAGAGCAUAUGGAUCAGCUUGAUAGUGAAAUGGAACAGCACAUGCAACGAAUGGAAACACGUAUUAGACAAGAGGUUUGUUUCACUGCCCACUUGGAUUUGCCAGUACACUGUAUGCAUAAAUACGUAUCUAGUUCAACCAUGUUGGACAAUUCAGUGGCUUAGGGCUCUGUCCAUUUGUCAGAACUGACCUGCUAGACCAUUCCCAUUGAAUGAAGAUUUCACUUUUGAUCAAACCUAUCCAGCCAGAUCAGUCAAAUCCUAAAAAGUAUGCAUGAAGGAGAUGGUUUUUCAGCAAAAACGCUUUGAAAAACCUAUGUCGUAGUCAAAAUGACCGCUCCGGCGAUGGUCCGGAGGCCCAGUCAUUAAGUGAGAGUCAGGUCAAGUCACUAGCCUUAUAUUACCGGGAAAAUUAUUAGACUAAGAGCCAGUCCACUUGGAUUGAAACUGAUCUUGACAGUAGAUGGGAAAUGUGUACAAUUUAUUUGCAGCUCACUGUAUCCACAUGUUAGUUAAACUUUAUCUGAGGUUUGGAAUUCUGUAACUUGUUUUCAUGAAAAAACUGAAUAGCUUAAGAAACUGACAAAUUUAUGAUGUUUGUACAGUGGCAGGCUAUCACUAGCCAUUAUGCCAUAAAUGAUUAAUUUUACUAUUUCCUGAUAAAUUUUGUUUUGCAGGAAAGGAGUAAGCAAGAAAGGUCCAAUUUGGAUAUUGUCUGGCAACUGGAAACUAAAACAAAAGAGAUACAAACAUUAACUGCAAGAAUACAGAAGGUUUGUAGAGUAAUUUUUGCUGUUGUGCAUGCAAUGUACAUUGUAUUCCCUUGCAUUUUAUUAUGAACUUAGGCUUAAAUCAUGAUAAUAAUUUAUCUUAGUUUCAUUCUUGCUACAUGGUAAAAGUGCUUUUGUUAUUUCAUUUUAUUUUAUUAAUGUAUUGAAUACAUAUUGACUACAGCUUGAGGGAAGGCUGAAAAAAAAAGAACCUGAAGAGCAAAAGAUCAAAGAGGAGGUGGAUGAGAAAGUUCAGGUUGGUUUUCUGUACAUUAUGUUUGAAUUCGCUUAAAAAUUCCUGUAUUGAAAAGUGUUACUGGUAGCUUUUAUUUUCUUCAGUACCUUUAACUUUAUGAUAUUGUUUUUUGUGUGCAGGAGAUUAGAUUUCUGCGAAGUCAGCUCACAGAUGCGCAGACUAAUCUGGCCGUGCUGCGAAGCGAACUUGCUCAGCUAAGAAGUGACUAUGAAGAGCAGGAAGCUCAACUAGUGGCGUAAGUGUGUGAAGUAUUUGUACAUGGAUACAGUGUAGGAAAUGGGUUAAACUUGCUGUUGAUUUGAUCGGGGCUGUUCAUAGGGACCAGAGAUUUGCCUGACGACUAAAUAUUGUGAGCUCAUGCUACUUGGCAUGAGCAUUGAGAGAUAACAAGAGGUUAAGCUCUCAAUUAGGCUUGUUCGUUGACAACUCAAGAAAAUGGCAAAUCCCUGGUCAGGUUUAUUUUAUUUCCCCAACUUGAGUUAAACCAGUAUUAAUUAGUGAUGAUGUUAGCCCUUAACCAGAACAAGGGGCUUGCAUCACCUUUUCUAUUUUUGUAUUGGUGGCAAUUGUACUUCAACAAUCAAUGUAGCAGUUUGUUUUUAAACUUUAUUAAUAUAGUACCGUUCAUUCAAACAGUAGUUACCCAGCUCUAUGAGACCUGUCACAUGUUAGAAAUUUCAACAAAUUAAGUCAUCAUUUUCUUUUGCUUAAUUUAGACACUCCUUCAAUAUUUUCACUAAAUUUUGUUUAGGGAGAAGAGAACAGUAAUGGAGUGUGUUCAAGAACAAGAAAGUUUAACAAGACAGCUCCAAUUACUUCAGUAAGUAAACCAGCCUACAAACUUGACUUUAAAAACUCGGCUUAAAAAAGGUUGUGGAGAAAGAGUAUUAAGGACUGUAGUGAAAAUUAGUGCAUAAAACCUCUAUACUCUUGUUAUCACAAAUUUUGUAAAUACUAGUUACGUUUAGACAGAUCGGCAAAUGUUAAGGUCAUCAUGUUAUAUUGGAAAAAAUUAAUAAAGUGUUUUCGUGUGAUGUCACCCUGGCUAUGAUUAUUAGUGUUCCAAGCAAAGAAAUGGUGGCCAUGUUGGUGUUCCAAUCCAGUCCUGUGGGAGUUGAACUCUUUUCGUAUUCAUGCAAAUGCUUUCUUUUGUUCCAAUAAAUUUGAUUAAAUGCUGGCCUCGUGAGCAAAAACGCUCUAUAGUCACCAAUUUUGAAAAUAUAUGCAAAUUUAGAUUUUACCUUCCUUUUUCUCAGAUUACGUUGAUGUUUCUGAGAAUUUUAACUGGUUCUAACAUUGAUGUGUAAACUUAUGAAUUAAUUUUUCAGUGAAGCCAACAAGAAAUUGCAUGAUACCAAUGAUGAUUUGCGAGCAGCAUUAGAGGUAGGUAUAAAUGAGAUUAAUAAUGAAUGGAAAUAUGUGAAAUGACUCAUAGUUUGAACUGCAGACAAAUAUAUGAAAGUGAUAUUGAUCCUGGCAGUUAAAUGAACAACCUAAACUUAGGUAUGGUCCUUUCCGAUUCAACCCCAGAAAUGUUGCCAACAUUUGACAAAUUUAAUGAAAUUGAAUAAGAUAGAUGAAGGUUAAAACAGUGUGAAUUCUCCUUUUGAGUGAAUUUUUGGUUUGUUGUCAUCCAAAAAUUUGGCUACCAUGGCAAUAUGACAUAACGACUUCUCCUCUUAUUAGCUGAUGCUGAUGCAUUUUCCAACUCUCACAUCAGGGGUAAUGCUGUCGUGUAAAUAACAUACCUCUUCUUUAACCUAAUCUCAUUCAGGUGAGAAAAAAUGGAGACAAAAGAAGCCCAUCACCAAGCAAGAGGCAUUCAAUAUCAACACUGUAUUCACCAACAUCAAGUUUAACACGAAGUGCAAAGUCACCUGUAAAUAGGUAAAGGCAACUUCUUAUAUGUCAGAUCACGUCUUUCAAAUGUCAGUGUCUAGAGCUUUCGUGUGGUACAUAGAAUAAAUUUUGUGUCUUUUAAUGUCUCUAUCAUGUGGGCUCUCUUAAGACUCAGGUUUUUUCCCUUUUUGCCUCAAAUGUUGAAUUUUUAAGUAAGUUCUUGACAUCUCAGUAUAUUUAAUUUUGAAUAGUCCGAGAUAGUGAACCAAUCAGAUUGCUUAAAUCACCAAGAUCACGGAGUGUGUAUAUACUAACACCGAUUUUAACAUUUACCAAUCCUACAGUAUGUUAGGGAGUAUUAGAAAGGAUUAGAAAGAAGAGACCCCAUACCAUAAUCAUCAAGCAGUGUUGGUGAAUUCGUAGCUCAUACUGGGCUUAAUGUAGAUUACUAUAAGGAGUUUUGGGUAAGCUUAUAUUCUCGAGAGCAUUUUAAUAGCUGGAGAGGGAGAGAGGAAGGAUAAAAAGGGAUAAAUGAAAAUGUCCUUGUAACAAGGGGAUAACGACUCCUGGUUAAUUUUGCUCCAAGAAAAGUUCAAAACUAGAAGAACCUAACAAAACAAGAUAUUAAAAUUAAUAAAUUAUUUAUACAAGCACCGAUACUCACAGAUAGGCCUAUAAUCGGGGGAAGGACUUUCAACUUACAUAAAUCUUCUGGUUACAUUUAGAUGGGCUUACAACCUGGAUUUUACGGCAGUUAAUUUUCUAAAUUUAAUGGCUGACAGCUGUCCUGAUCUUUUCUUCCAUUAAGUCGGUGCUCGCCAGGUUUUGCUGAAGACCUGACACCUGCUGAGAGUGUGGACGGCAAGCCUGAACAGGCAACACCCCUAAGAGGUGUACUAACAACAACACCCUACAGUGCAGGCAGUUCACGGAGGGGAUCAGCUUUGCUUCCAACACAGCAGAGCUGUGAGGUUGAUGAUGAGACCAUCAUGAAUGAAAAUUCACUUAUGACGGAACUUAUGCAGGUUCAACAGCUGUCGGUAAGUAUAUCCUGUUAGUCAAGAUAUCAUUUACUAAAUAUCUUUGUUUGUUGCACGUGUGGGUAAAAGAAUUUUCAAGUUAUGUCUACACUAUGCCGGUUAGCUUUCCGUGUCGACAUGAAUAAUCCAUCCGGUACAGUAAGAACGGUAACUGCAAAGAACUGGAAUGAGUCGUUCACACACACCGAACAUCGUACCUGAGAAGUUGGACGAGAGGGUUUGGUGCACUAAAUCCCGCUCCUCAGGUUUGAAUAUCUACUUCCGUCUCUGUGGGUUCCAGGCCUUGCUCUUACUCAUUUACUUCUGGUACGGUCCUAAUUGAUCCCUCAAGAAAAUACCAUAACAUACCAAAAUGCUCUUUGUUUGUCACCCCAAAAUUUUGCUUAAGCAUUGUUUUUAGUUUCUCUUGGGGCCAUUUUAACUCCUAAGAGAAACUGAAGACAAUUCUUAUGCAAAAUUUUUGGGUGACAAACAAAGAGCAUUACGGUAUGUUAUGGUAUUUCUGGAGUGAUCAAUUAUACCUGUUCACACUAUGAUGAAAAAUGGCAGAAACCUAUAACGAUCCAGUUUCAAGAUGGGCUCGGCCCAGCUUCGCUAUGUUACAGAAAUUGUGCCGAAGUCACCGUUUUUACGUGUGAAGAGAAGCCCUAUCCGGUAUUGAUUCCGUGUUGGCACAAGAGCUAUCCGUUAUUGAUUCCGUGUUGGUACAAGAGCUAUCCGGUAUAGAGUCGACAUUGCCUUAGUUUUGACGGUAACAACCGGUUCGCUACUUGUCAAAUUCGCUACGUCCUAGCUCACAACAAAUUCGCUUCAUAUGACUUUCUGUAAACCACUGAAAGUAUUCCCUUUAUCGCUGUAGAAAAAAAAUAUUUUAAUAUAUUUCUCGUCCUUUUAAGCUUGCCCCUCCCAGGGUGCAAGUUUUGGACUUUGCCAAUAGGCGGCGAGACCAAUAUGUAGGUAGCGAACUCGAACGUAGCAAAUUUGACAAGUAGUGAAACUGUUGUAAAGCGUUUUGACACAGAUAUUCUUUGCGUAUUGAACAAAGUCAAACCCUAAAAUUAAUGAUAAAAUUGAAUAUACCCUCAUCAAAUAGAUAUGAGAAAAUACAAUAUAAAACAUUUAUCAAUGAAAAAAAUAUGAAACUUAACAAAUUAAAUUUUAAACCUUUUUUAAAACACUUUGACAGAGCUUAAUUGUUCUUAAACUUUAAACAUAAGCAUUUCAUUUGAAGUUAAAUUCUAAAAUUCCAUUCAGGGUCGAGUUGUUCGAAAGACGAUAAGCGCAAAUCCUGGGCUAGUUACUCGCUAAUGUGGGUGGCUAUGAUUGGCAGUCCCGAUUUCAGUGUUAAUCAUAACUUUAACUUAAAUCUCCAAUCUGAUUGGCGAUCGACAGCCCUGGCGCCAGUCGAUGAAAACAGUGCUAUCCACCGGAUAAAUCACUAUCCAGUGGAUACGUAUCAGGAAAAACAAAAGCGUUCGCCACUGAAUAGAGAUGUUAUCCAGUGAAGUGGAUAGCGGUAUCCAUCUUUUGAACAAUUGGGGCCUGAGUUAUAACGCGCGCUCUUGAAUGGGGUUUUUUCCAUGUGUAGUAAAAACUUGCGGAAGAUCUUAACCGGGCUUCGAACAACUCGGCCAAAGAUUUUGAUAAUUCGUGAGUUCUUAACUUUCCCUUUUUUUCACCUCGACCAUAUCAUAUCCUCAACAUAAUCUUUUGUUGUUAGUAGCAGUUCAUAAACUUAUAAACAAGCAAACUUCUAGGUACCUGAAGAUAUAGCAGAAGAAGAGAGCGAAAAAGAAUUAGACUAUAACAACAAUGCAGGCAUUCUGAACAGCCGGGAGACAGGUCAGAUACAUCAUCUGAUUCCCCCAGCUAAACAGACUUGUGAAGUUGAUGAUCCUAUCUCGACUGAAGACAAGUGCUUAUUUGAUGAUGAACCGGUUAUACUGGGUUAUUGUACUAUGGUAGGCUGUUUUAAAUCGAAACUAAAAUCAAUUAAACUUUAUAAAUGGCAUAAACCCAGCUUGUGCAAAAUUUUGGUUUUACCCAAGCUUCGAUAUCUUACUGACGUCAAAUCUUUUUUGAUAAAGUUUUCUUUCGCUGGAAAAUUGUGCGUUAAGUGUUUUGAACGCGUUACUGCUGAGAAGGAAAUAAGAUUAAUAAAGACAAAAUUAAUAGUGAUUGCAUUGACACUGUAAUUGAUUAUUUCGGUCAAAAAUUGAAAGAAGGUGCAAAAAUUAGUAUAUUUUAUUUAAGACAAGACAAAUGGCGUAAAUAGGAGAUAAUUGUCCUAAACUCUAAACUGAGUCCUUUAAAAAUUCGAAAUAUAGGUUUGAGGCUUGAAAAAAGAGUUUACACAAUUAUGAAAGCAAUUUUGUGCCACCAAUGUUAACGUUCUAAAAUAUUCUUUUGGAGGGAAAAGCGAUUCUAAGUCUUGGGUGAAACUUCUCUUGCGCAAGUCUUAAACAUAAAUGAAAUCAAAUAAAACCGUUAAACGCUAGUUAAAACAUAUAAACCUGAAAUAAAUUUCAAACCGAACAGAAUAAACCAAAACUGACAACAGACUGUACCGCAAGUGUGACUUCAGACGAUACUGAACAAUCGGACGCUUCCAGAGACACGGACACGCUGUUGAGAGAGAGUAAGAGGUUCAGCUCUCGUUUCGGAAAGUACUUUGGCAAACUAUCGAAGAGUGCAAAGAACAGAGGAGAGAGCAAAAUGAACGAGAAAGUGAAGGAAGGCGCGGUGAAAAUGAUUGAACUGAGAGACUCUAGUUUGAGAAAGAGUGAACCCAGAAAUACUUCGGUGAAAAAGGGCGAAGCUGGAAACUCUGCGUUGAAAAAGAACGAUUCAAAGGAUGUUGGAUUAAAAAAGAAUGACGGUAAAAAGGGAAAGAACUAUUUGAAAAGAACAGGUGACGGAAAUGUGAGUAGCAAAUUGGAAAGUAAUGAGGGAAGCGUUGAAAGGGAUACUAAUCCAGGACGUGGAAAAAUAAAGUCAAUAACUCCGGAGUUUGAUUCCGAUUCUGAAGAAGCUGGGCAACAGUUUAAAGAAGGUGCUGGUAGCAGGAGAAGUAAAACUCAAGUUGGAGCGAAAAGUAAACUGCGUAAGAAUCCAUCGGUGACUUUCUCCUCUACCGUGACUUGCUCCUCUGACAAUAAACACGCGCAGACUUCACAAAAGACAAAGAACUUGUUAAACAAAAGAACGCUUCCACUUUCUUAUUUCCAAAAACGACAUGUUAUGACUAGUGAAACAUCAGAUACUGACAGCACUACACAGGAGCUACAAACGGUACGACGAUAAAACCAUCCGUAAUUAGUCAUUUCCGAGUUCCCUCAAACCUCUGUUUUAAAGUGAGGCUAAGUGCGAAGUCAUAAGGGACCUUAAGAUCCGAGGACGGCGACGGCAGCGAAAGCAUCGCUUAAAAAGUGAAUUCGCGUUCAUUCAGUCUUCAUCGCGACAGUUCCAACUCACUUACUUUGUCAAAUGUUGGCGAACUCUCCUGGAAUUUAAUUCCUAAAAACCAUAGCCAAAUUCAGAAUGAGAAAGAAAAUUUCGUAGUAGCUUGUUUACGUCCUUCAUAAAAAGUGAAAUUAGGCGUUUUCAUGUCGUAGUCGUGCUGUGGCGGUAAAGAAAUAUACAAAAAAGCGUGAUGCACGUGCAAAGUUGUUGUUUUGCAUAUCUUAACCUAUUACUUUUUUGACGUUCCCGUUGCCGUCGCCGUUCAUGGUCGCAUCUUAAUGUCCCUAAAGGUACGAAAAUGAUUUUUUAAAAUCUCAUGGUCAUGAAACCAAUUAUCACUAAAAAGAUUUUUACCCUCGUUUUCAAACUGACGGUCUUUGAAACUCGGAAAUGGCCUAUUGAAAUAUAAAUGACUUCAAAAGUAAUUCUUAAAUUGUUUUUAAAACUAAAAUUAAAACGCAGUUUAAACUAAGUCUUUAAUUUAGAAGAAACUAAACACGAUCAUAAAGCUUUACACGAUAGCAAAACUCAUAAAUUUAGACUGUUUAUCACAGUGAACAGUUUGAAUGGGCUAGAUCGAUCGUGGUGUUUUAGUUUAGCAAUGUGACUGACCAGGACGAUAUACUGACUGGAGACUCGGCAAGCACACUUGUCAAACAGAGAAGAAAAACAGAGUUCAUGGGAAAUUUCAGUUCCAAAACCCCAGUCUCGUAUCCAGGCCGGUUCGCUCUAUCCGAGUGACCAGGGGAGGCUUGGAACCGAAUUUUUCCGACUUGCUUGACAGGUGACGUCACAUCCGAAAUCGCCGAGGAUGACAGGGAAUGAGGCUGCCAAAACCCUUAAUAAGAAAGUAAAAACUAGUCAAAAAGUAUAGUGCGUCAAAGAUUAUUUGAGGGACCGACCGGGGAGGGGGUUGGGAAUUGGAACACAGAGAAUUCAAGCCAAUUCUUUAAUUGUCCACCCUGUAUGCAUUCAUUUUCUAUAUUCACUGAGUAGAUACAUAUCUAGGUUACUUAACCCCACACGGUGUUUUAAUUUUAUGUUUGCAUGAAUUUUCUCUGUGAAACAGUGACAGUAAAGUGUUACAAUUAUGUUUCUUUAUGCUAAUCAUUACAGAACUUUCAUCGGGAAUUAGCAGAAGAAGAUGAAGCGUACAGUACGAUGAAAUCAUCAGAGAGGAAAACUUGGUCGAAACAGUUGGAUAUCUUACAGUAUGUCAUGGACUCUCCUAGAGUUACUAGCAUGUUAUUUCCUCGCCACAAUAACACUGUGUAAUUGAAGAAUAGACUCACGAAGCUAAAAGAUUUAAUCAGUAAAACAAAAUAUCUUAAUUGUCAAACGAAUUUUCCUCAUCAGUACCCAAGGAAAUGCAAGAAAAACAGUGUGGAGAAUAUUUAUUGGUGUCAAAAAUGGGGCAGCUUUCCAGCCUUGCUUCAAAUACCAGUUUACCCCCCCUCCUUCUUCCCCCAACCUGAUUAUUCUCAGCUACGGAGUAGUAUUAACAGGUUUAAUUCGAAGAUUUGCUUUGUGAGAUUAAUUUUUGUAAAAUUCACGUUAAAUGAACUUGUUUUCAGAGAGACCAACAAGAGAUUGUGUGAAAGCAAUGACGACCUACGGGCGGCUCUUGAGGUACAAAAGCUGUCUUUUUUGUUGUUUCGUUGUUGUUGUUUGUUUGUUUUUUUUGUUUCCUUCUUUUCUUCAUUUUCCCCUUUUAUUGUCAGUUUGUAAUAAACGUACAUUUUCCUUGCGUAUUGUAAUUCUGCUAACUGUGGGUUGAUUUGUUUGUAGGCCUUGACUAGUAAAAGAUUAUCGUCAAUGAAAUCAUCUAAGGUACGUCAAUAUUUUUUUCGUACGUUUUUCAGUCUUACAAGAAAUCGUAGAACCCCAUUUCCCCCUUUUGCCAAACGAGUCAGAUUGCUUUCUUCCAGUUAAUUUGAUUCAAACAUUAUUGUGCUGCCGUAAAACUAUGCAAUAAUCGCUUUACUAUAUCACAACAAUUUUGUUUGUCAGGACACUAACAGAUCAGGUUACAUUUUUUAAACGAUCAAGCUUCAUAAAGCUUGCUGAUUCAGCGGCGAGUAAGAGACAUCAACAUUAUGUUCUGUUGAUUAAUUCACACUCUCCGCCACUUUAAUAAUUCCCUUACAGUAAACCCUUUUUCCCAAGUUUCGCUGAGAAAAGAGUUUGACUUUCCUUUUCAGGCUCGUAGGAGCGGUGAGAAAUGCCACAGGAACCCCAGCGUACACAGCGAUUAUGGUUCCAUAUCAAGUCGCAGCAUUACUCCAAACCAGUAAGUUGUAAUGCAUGUGUGUUGGUGUGGCCCUUUGAGGCCAAUAUCUUUUCGUCCUCCUUCGACUGUUUUUUAAUCAAUUCCCAGUCAGUAUUGAGGAGGCAAUAAUUAAUGCAUUGUUUGUGACUUGCCAACCAUGAUCUACAGUAGCUUGACACUAGGCCCAUUUUAAGGGGCCAUUACAGUUGAUUUUUUGGGGGAAAUGAUGUUGAUUUGGGAAGGAACUUUAUUAGGUUAGAAAAGGUAUACACAUAAAUCAGUUAGUCGGCUAAUGGGAUCAGCGGCACCUUGUUGUGGUGGUGGACUAUCUGUUAAUUGUCUACUUAUUAUUCACUUCAUAUUUUAAUCAUUUGAAUAACCCCCAAAUCCAAUAUUUUACCAUUUUCCCAAAAUUUUAAACAUCUCCUCUCUUAAAUUUUAUACAAUAAGAACAUCUGAAAAAUCAUCCAAAAAUUCACAAAUAAUUACUGAAGUUAGCACUGUAACUUAAUUGAGUCAUUUUUGGAUUAAAUGAAAUCUUGGCUAGAUAUUUAAUAAAAAGGGUAAAAAUCAACGAAAAAUAAUGCUUUUAACCGUAUUGCCUCCUUAAGUUUCUCAAUAACACGUUGUAUUUAGACUUUGAAGCGAGUCCUUUAUUUACUUUCUGAACUUAGAUAUGGCGCGUUCCAUUGACCGUAUUCCAGAUUUCAAGUAAAAAGAAAGAUUAAUUUUUUUCAAGCAACACUUCGCAUCAACACAUCUUGUAACAUCCAUUGGUUUUCGUCACUUGACCAGCUGUGCCACAUAAGUCCCUGCCCACUGUAUAAAUCUCUUAGAGCUAUAUUCUAGAAUUAUUAUUUAAGGGUGUCAGUCCUAGAAAUCUCUUGUUUGGGCCUUUAUUGAACUGCACCCUGCAUUCUUGAUUGAAUAACAAUAUUGGGACGUAGAUAGCAUCCUCGUGGCUCCUAUAUGUUGAUAGAAUCGAGAGAAAGGUUUUGUAGAAAUCUUUCCGUGUAUCCCUAUCCCCGAAUACCAUUAAUCAUAUGGCUGACUUAUUGCUUUAGACACGUGUGAGAAUAUUCCGUAAGUGAAUCAACCAAUCCAGUAUCAUAUUGUAAUCAUUUCUUUAGUAGGUAGGUGGAAUAUGAGUAGUCCUGAACAGGACUGUUGUUGACAGUGACUGCACUCACCCGGACAAUCAUAUUCCACUUAGUUAUGUAAUGACCCCUGAGAUCAAACCUUUCAAAGUCAUUGUAAUCAUUCUCGACCGAAUGUUUAGUCUUCAGGGUCCCAAGUCUGAGGAUGAUAUGGGUGAUGGCGCAGAAGCUGUGGAUCAUGAACCUGAUGAAUUGUCUGGAUAUGAACCAGAGUCUGAUGUCAACACCAUGACGGUACCUGUCCUAUAUUUAGUCGCUUUGUUUUGUAUACCAUACAGUUUGUGUUCCUUGCAUGUUGUGACUUUUCUUCAGUUAGACAGUCAUAUUCCAGACAAUAAUUAGUCAGUCUAUUUGGCUUUAGUUGAUUGGUCUAUUGGUAGAGAUGGUGCGGACUGUUUGACAGCUAGAAAAUCAGUCACUGUCAGUAAUAUUUAACCUAAGUUAAUUGAGUUAUAGAUUUGGUAAGGUUUGUGCGACUGUUUGAUAUCCAGAAACUCAGUCACCGCCAGUCACAUUUAAUCUUUGUUAAUUGGUCGCUUGGUAGAGAUGGUGGAACUGCUUUACUGCUAGGCAAUUAGUUAUAGUCAGUCACAACUCCACUUAUUUCAAGCGCUCUAAAAUGCGACGAUUAACCUAAAACUUCGACCUUGCCUUUUACAGCAUGGACACAAUUUUGGGGCAAAAACGGUAUCUGGAAUCGCUGACCUCGACAUGCUCCCUCCCCCCCCCAGUGUCAUAUAUUGCAUUGUCCGUACACUAUGCAAAAAGAUCCCACGGUCACUGUGUUGAGUCUAGCCCACCAGUACGCUCAGGAGAGUCGAAGACCACGUGCGAGCUAGCCGGGAAAAAUUGUUAAAUGUCUCUUCCCCCACCCUCGCGAUACUCAAAUAGAAAGCUUACCAAUCACUUAAAUCUGGCGGUCUGAUAGUCAGCUAUUCAGUCAGAAAACAUUAUGGCAGUCUGUUAGACAGUGAGGCCGUCAGCUAGCUGUCAGUCUUUUUAAUUCCAGAUUAAAAUUUGACCUAUUUGCAACUCUUCAGUUCGCUUCAGAAAUUAGCUUUCGAAUGUGUUCUACGUUAAUGUCUAACUUUAAAAAAUAAUAAUAAACUGUUAUCCAUUAAACAAAAACAACUUAAGGUCCAGUAAAAAUUAAGAUUUAAACCUUAAAAAUUUUUUUUAGCUUAGAAGAAAAAAUUUAUAAACUAACCAUGUGAAGUUGACUUUUUGUAAAAGUUUAAAUAUUAUUCUGGACAAAUGUCAUGGGGAGAGUUCUUUCCCGAUAGAAAGCAAUAGUAUUGAAGACAAAAGUUGAGUUAAUGUAGAAUGCAACCUUUUCUAAUGGAUACUUUUGCGUCUAAAAUUGUAACUGACCCCAUGACCUCUGUCCGGGUUUUAAAUCGUUACAUUUAAAUACAACUAAAGGCGCUAUUCUUAAAUCAAACACUCAGAUAAACGCGCAUCAUUUUGAAGCUGCUCCUAAACUUUCUAAACUGGCGGCUACGCCUCAUGAUCGUCACGUGACCCUCCAGGAGCACACUAAUGACGUCAUGUGGGAAAGUGACGGGGAACACGAACCAGACCCCGCGCAACCAACAGCGCAACAAACAAAUGUGGAAAGAAAAGCGAACAAUUUACCAAAAUCACACUCACCGUUUGAUAGAAAUAGUCAUCUGAGAAAACCUUGUCGGCAUAAAAGCCUAGAACACUUAUUUAACAAGUCGAAUAGCAAGGGCGACAGAUCCGCAUGGCCCACAAUUGCGCGGGCGGGCAAGUGGAAUAGCUUGGAGCAAGUGAGACGGAGAAAUGAUUUUGUUGGUGAAAGGACUAGAUCCCUUCCUACUUCGCGCGCGCAAAGCGAGCAAGGGGCAGACUUUGGUAAAGGAGUUGGUGUUUGGCCGCUCUCUGAGAAACUUAAAUCUCUACGUUCUAGUAGAGAGAGUAUGUUGGAGAGAAAAGACGAUUAUAAAGACAGCAUUGUUACGAGUUCGCAUAACCACGCGCCCGUGAUGAGAGUGAUACGAAAUUUAAACACUGAAAUAGAAACUGUUCAUGCCGAAGACUUGGAUCGUUUCGUAACAAGGCCGGAUCUAGGUCCAACUCAAAGGAAAAUCAGUGAAGAAACUAUCUCCAAGAGAUUGGUCAAUAGUGAAGAGAACAAAUUGUUCCCUGAUAGUCGCGCUGAUGGAUAUGAUCUCAAAAGAAGUAACUCCCUGGUAAUAAAACGCAGCAGGGCUAAGGUAAACCUUUAUGAACGUAAACUUAACUUGUAUUUUGUAACAUCUAUUCAAUUUCAACCACUCGUAAACAACUCUUCACAACGUUCUUGAGGUUCUAAAUCUUAAAAAAAAACACAACGUUAAACGCUAUUGUAAACAUAUAAUUAGCCUUCGUGGCAGGCGUUCGAAAGGGAAGGGGCAGGGAAUUAAGGCGCGCGACCACGCGCUAGGGAGGAGGGAGGAGGGGUUACUUUCCUUUCUAUAACUCGCGCCCCACGUGCUCUCGCGCGCCCAAAUUCCCCCUUCCCCUUGCCCUUUUAACGCCUGCCACGCAGGCUAACAUAUAAUCUAAAUUUCCUGCAUUUGAUGCGGCAGCUUUAUUCGGUUGUAAUUCUGAAUUUUAAAAGUAAAAUGAUUAGGAGGUAAACAGUUAAGUAAAGAUAAAGAUUAAAAACAAUAAAAUUCUGAAAGUAAAGAAAUCAUAAAUUCUAAGUGAUUAACUAAACCAUAAAAUACGACGAUGUCUUACCAAAAUCAGGCAGUAAAUUUUUCAAUAUAAGACAUUUAUGACUGGUGUUCUCGCCUUUUCUUCACGGAAUUCAAAGACCAUCGUAUCCUGUUAAGAAGAUGUAAACUGUAACCUCGUUAAGUAAAACGUUCUUUUAUCUUGUUUGUAGUGUUGCUUGGUAAGAAGUUUUAAAAGUUUUAUUUUUGUUAAAAUCCUAAAAAACGUUCCUAUCACUUUCUUGUGAUUAAGUAGUAGUGACCGUAUAAUUUAAAUUCCUAGUAUUCGCGUUCUACCACUGUUCACAUCUUUCUAAUCUCUGCGAAAAAGCAUUCAGCAAGUAUUUGCCUGGAGCAGUUUUUAAUGAACCCCUAUUGAAACUUAAUUCACUCUACCCGCGUCCUGGAUUUUUUCAAAUUUGUUUCUGCGUAAAACUCUGUGUAAAGCCCUCUAAUCAAUCAAAGUGAAAUUCCUAGUUCUUGUCUUGUCAGGAGGCGAACCAAAUUUGAUUGUUUUAGUGCACUAUUCAGCUUCUCUGUGUUUGGAUAGACGCGAUUUUAUGCCAGGCCUUCAUAAACUGACUAGCUCUCCUUAUCAUAAAGCUGCAAAACACAUUGUUAACUCGCUAUAACAUUGUUUGAUCAAUCAACAGACCGACUCUCUUCCUGAAUCAGAAACCAGCCGAGCCGCAGAUGCUCAGCUGAGUGCAGAACUUGAAGCUCAGGUGAAACACGCUAAAUGAUUUGAAACUAUAACAUUUCUAAACAUUAUCUUAAAAAUUUAAGCAUAAAGAGUAACGCUAUAAAAACAUGACGUUUUGGCGACGACAUCUCGCCAUUAUCAAAUGCUAAUAAAAAAGGGACGAAGAUUUGGAAGAAAACAUUAACUAGGUUUAUUAUAUCAAGCUUGUGUAACAAGCGGAGGGAAAUUAACCAGUUGGAAAAAAACCUUUGAAGUAAUAUUUAGAAUUUCUCAAGCAUUUUACUUCUACCUUCAAGACGUUCCAUAGAAUUUGAACAAAUUAUACUCACUUUAAGCCUAGCCCUUAAACUAGUUGUUAACACCAAAUAAUAUUUUUGUGUGAAGAAAAUUUUUUGUAGACAAAAAUAAAACUUGAAUGCAUAAAAAAAGGUUCAUGACACAGCUGCUAGUGAAUUGCCGCUUUGAAGUAACGGUUGAAAAGAGCUAUAAUGUAGAUUAAUCUCGACAAUUGUGACUAACCUAUUUAAAAGUCUGUAUUUUCAUUGACUCUGAUCGCCCAAAAUGGCUUGAAAUGGCUUCAGCAAUAGUCUGUAUAUUCAUUCUGUUGUUUUUCAACAACAGUUCAAAAGCGUUAUCGAAGAAGACGAUGAAGAUAUCGAUGAGGAUGACGUAGCUGAUGAGGAGUUGGCGCAGUUGGUUGCUAUGGCAACAGCUCUUACGGAGUCUGAAGAAGACACAGAUACCGAGACAGAAGCGCCCGAGGGAGAGAGGGGUGCGGCUGUUGGUUCAGAUUCUACUUCUGAGGCAUCUACCAACACCCCAAUGCAUGUAAGUCACAGUUAUUUUUCCGCCAACUUUACUCAAAUGAGCGCUGCUGCAAUAAGAAUACCUAGUUUUUCCAUGUAAUAUUUUGUUCGUGGUGUUCCUUAAGUUGAGGGUGUUGCAAAUUCAUGGGUGGCGCUUCUUAAGCGACUUACCACGUGACGAGGUUUCAUUGCAAAAAUAUAAUCAUUCAUUCUUGUUCUUAAAAACCAAAAGUAAACAGAUUCCCAUUGUGAGAAUAGAUACUGGCGGUUUUACACGGUUACUUUGAAAUUCUUUGAAUAAUAUUUAUAGGAAGGCAGCGUGGCCGAGUGGUCAGCGCGUCGGACUCGCAAUCCGGCGGUCCAGGGUUCGAGUCCCGCUCUGGCCACUUGCUGGAUUUGUGCUCGGUCGUCCCAAGUUCAAAUUCUCGGCCACGCUUGUAAAUAGCCAACUGGUUGCCUUCUGCCAGUUGGGGUUUUUAAUCCUGUUAUGUUGUAUUUGAAUUAUUUGUUUCUAAAUAUUUGAGUGGAGUGCCUGUAAAUUAGCUGGACAAGCUAAGUGCAAUUUCCACUAUAAACAAGCCUUUAUUUUAUUAUUAUUUUUUUUUUUAUCGCCGCUAGUUUAAAGAGAUAUUGCGCGUUUAUCUAGAUGGAAAUCCCAUAUUACUAAUUAGGCUACGCAGUGUGUCGCUCAUUUAAUACGCCACUUCCGAGUUCCAAAAACCCUCACUUUCAAAAUGAGGCCAAGUGGACAAUCUUUCUUGUGGAAAGGAGUUUUAUUUGCAUAAGAAUGAAAAAUCAUUUCCAUAUCAAAGGCUGGGCACUUAACCUCGUUUUGAUACAGAGGCGUGGGGGAAUUCGGAAAUGCCUUAUUAAGUACAGUGGAACCUCUGUUCAGGGGACACCCUUUGGACCAAGGCAAGUGUCCCAUGAAUGGAGGUUAGGCUGGGGUUUAAUAAUUGACCAACAAAUGAAAUAUUUUUCUUUUAUUUCGCCUCACUCAGCUAGAUAAUAUACAAAAAAAUCAUGAUUAAAUAAUGUGUUCAAAAUCAUUCAUUUAUAUAUUUAUCUCUGCUUGUUGUGUUUAAUUUUCACAAGUGCAGUGCGUCGAUUUAAGUGAGAGUUCUUGUUUUGAAUGCUGUCGCCAUUGUGACUACUGAACACUAAACCUUGUCAACGUUUUUUGUGGUCAGUCUCUUUUGAGGGUUAAGCUGUCUCCUGAAUGGAGGGUAAACCCAGGUCUCGGGACCCUGAAAAAGUGUCCCUUUCGUCUGAAUAGAGGUUUCCCUUCAAUAUAGUUGACAAAUUCAAAGAUCAUGUGAAGACUUUUCCAGAACCAAAUUUUGUGUCCUUUGAAUAAAGGUGUCCCUUGAAUAGAGGUUCCCCUGAAUAGAGGUGUCCCUUAAAUAGAUAAAUUCCCUGAAUAGAGGUGUCCACUGAAUAGGAGUGCCCCUUGAAUAGAGGUGUCCACUGAAUAGAGGUGCCCCUUGAAUAGGUGUCUCCUGAAUAGAGGUGCCCCUUAAAUAGAGUUGUCUCCUGAAUAGAGGUGUCCCCUGAAUAGAGGUGCCCCUUAAAUAGAGGUGUCCCCUGGAUAGAGGUGCCCCUUGAAUAGAGGUGUCUCCUGAAUAGAGGUUCCCCUUGAAUGGAGGUGUUCCCUGAAUAGAGGUGCCCCAAUGAGAGAUGACCAUUAAAUAGAGGUGUCCCAAAGGAGAGGUGUGUGUAAGUUUAUCGAAACAAAGGUUCUCAUGUUCCCUUCAAACUAUUAUAUAAUUGAUCAAUAUGUUUUACAGGUGUCGACAUCAGAGAACGGUGUGCCAGAGCGCAUGUACAAACUGGUUUUAGCCGGAGACGCCGCAGUCGGUAAAUCGAGCUUCAUUCUCAGACUCUGUCGCAACAGAUUCCAUAACGCUUUGAACUCAACACUUGGUAGGUAUAACUGUCACAUACAUGAUUUGUUUGCAGGUUACUAGGAAAUAUAGCUAUCAAGUAAAGCAAGUUGAGUUUUUGCCAGUGCAUUAUUAAUUCAAAAUUAUUGAUAAUUUGCAAUUUUUUCCUUUUAUCAAAGAAUGAAGUUUCAGAGCAUGCUGAUUCGUUUCUUGUCCGUACCAAUUUUUUGUUUCAGGAGUCGAUUUUCAGAUGAAGAAUCUGUGUGUCGAUGGCAAAACUAUUGCGCUCCAACUUUGGGACACUGCAGGCCAAGAAAGGUAAAUCUUGUUUUUUCCUCGCCUGUCACUUGCAGGUGGGCUCCUUCACCGCUGCGCAAACUCCUCUCCUCACAUAUAAAACUCCAUACUUAUCGGUAACUCCUUCACUGUAGGUUCCGGAGUAUCGCCAAGUCUUACUUCCGUAAAGCUGAUGGUGUGUUACUGUUGUAUGACGUCACUUGUGAGACCUCAUAUAUCGAUGUUCGUGACUGGGUGGAAGCCAUAGAGGUAAAGUGAUGAAUUUAUCCUUACGUUUUUAAGUUCGCGCUGUUAUUCGCCGUGUCGCACAUGAGUUACCCAGCUGACUCCUGUGGACCUAACUUUUGCAUCUAAGGAGUAAGUCGAAACAACUAUUUUUUAAACUUGUAAACUUAAAGAAGAUAGAGGAAACUUGGAAAUGGCUUGAGUUUAUUUCCGAGACGAGUUUGCACUAGACGUAGUAGCACCUUCGAAAUGACCAUGUCUCGCAAUGUCUUUGUUUCAACAGUCUUUGCAAAAAGUAGCGACUCUUGCUGCAGGAAACACAUUGUGAGACAUCUUCAUGCCAGUGGUGAUACCCUCAGACAAAUUUUCUUGCAAGUUAUGUCGCAAUUAUUGCGAGACAAGUUGUGAUAAAAAAUUGCGUAAAUUGGCAGUAGUUUCAAACGAAAAAACUACCUUUUAUCGUGAAUGUUUUUUUGUAUUUUCGUGUUGUCGAUUAAAAGUUUUUCUUCUUUUUUACAGGAAAGUACAUCAAAACCCAUCCCCAUAAUGCUAUGUGGUAACAAGACAGAUUUGCGCGAAUCAUAUGCUGAAGAAGGCAAGACGGUUAUUCCUACGGAGAAAGGAGAGAAAUUAGCAAAAGUAAGACUACAUGUGAACUUCUUGAUUUGUCGUCAUACAUGAUUAUACGACUGAACUGUCCAGUAAAGCAAUUGUCAAGGGCGGAUUACAAGUUUAGAUAGAGAUUCCGCAUCAGUCCCCUUGAUUUCUGUUUGUCCACGAGCCCUCCAAUUUGAUUACUUGACGUAUCGUUUCGUGCGGUUCCCCUCGGUGUCGUAGGCUUGUGUGGUUGCUCAAGAUCUCCAUUCUGAGUUGUACCCUACAUCCCUUUAAGGGAGACAAAAUAAAACAGGAGAUGCGUUUCAACUGGUUUAAGGCGUGACUUAUCAUGUGAACGGGUUUUCAAAGCGUGUGAGUUUGACCAGUUUGACCAGCCUGCGCUUCUCUCCCCAAACCCCCUCCUUUUUUUCUCGCUUCAUUUUUCGCCCGAGCUCCACUAUAUCACAGGCUAGAGUUUGACGCAAAACGGCUUCAUAGUAAAGAAGUUAUACAGGCAGAAGUCGGAGGUCAUUUGUCGGACCUUGAUUUCUCUGACGACUAGAAUUACUUGCGAUGGGUAAAAAACAGGCAAGGCAGUGUAGCUGAGUACAGCUACUCGAAGCUCUACGUGCGACUGCCUCUCGCAAACGAUCACCUCUGUUAUGCGACCCUAUUGUGCUUUAUGUGACAGCUGAUGUGUUUUCUGUUUUAUAUUGUAGGAGUAUGGUGCGUUGUUUAUCGAAACAAGCUCGAAAGAAAACAAGAAUAUCACAGAAGCCUGUAUUGAGCUGGGAAGGUGAGUGUUGCGUUCUUGUGAACUAUUUUUUGCGAAAUAACAAUAAUUUCAUUUACAGAUCCUUUUACCCUAGCCUCUUCCAGGUUCUCAGAUAGUGGGAAUGACGCGAAAGUGAAAGGCAGGCGAAAAUACGAGCUCAUGAUUCGCGGACCCGACUAUAUUGUAGCUUGGAACAGGCUACUUUUACCCAAGCGGGGAAUAUGGUAGGAUUAACUUUAAUUUCACCAGUUUGUUGGUGUGUUUUAUUUUAGAUUGCUCAGAAAAAUCGAAGACACUGAAGUAGAAGACAGCAGCAGGCUAACUCUGACCGAAGGAGAUGGUAAAAACAAGAAGAAACUAAACUGUUGCCCAUAGACGAGUGUACCAAUGCUCCUGUUGAGCCAGGAAAUACGACAAAGCUGGUAUAGCGGUUGUGCGCGUCGUUUGAGAAACGAGGCGGGAAAAUCGUCAAGACUGACGCGAUAGGAAGGUGGUAAUCAGAUCUAGCUCAGUUCUGCUGCGAGGGUUUGCGAAAAUAAGGGACAGCAUUUUGAUAGUAAAUUGCAAGCUAUAAAUCAAGUCCAAAUACUCGGUUCUUCGAAAAGAACUUCGUCUCCAGAACUCUUCUUAAUUUCUAAAUGAAACGCCCUGGGACUGAGGGUGCUUCUUUGAUUUUACUUUGUUUUGCUUUUG